UGCGUAAGAAUCUGUCCUUGGGAGGGGAACAACGACGGGACGUGGACGCCUUGCAAUAUUAAAAAAAAAAAAAAUCACUAAUCACCAGCCAAAAGCAAUUGAGCAAUUGGGACUUGAUGGAUCCUCUUGUGGGACGAGGUCCAGUUGGGCCGUUGGUAAGUGACAAGUUUUAGCCCAAAUAAAUUGGCGAUCCAUACUGGCUGGUUGGAUUUGGGCAAAAAAAUUUCUCAAAAUUGACAAAAGAAGACUGCCGGCCGUAGCACAAAUCGGUGUUAAUUCUCUGGCUGGCUUAUUAGUAGUAGCGGGAAUAAGUGGAAGAGUUGGCGCCCGACGGAACGGGGUGGUGCUCCGGUGAGGUCCACCAACAUGUUGUCCAGGAUAUCAAAGCAGCUUUUCACUUCCAGGGCCUUCACCCUUGAGAAGUGGUCAUUUCCACAACAUGGAAAUUAUCUUUUGUCACGCUCCUUUGCCACACAAGCUGCAGCAUCUAAUUCAGUUGCCCAAAAUCAUGCAGCAGAGGGGAACUCCUCGAAUAAGAUAUUUGCUUCAUAUUCAGUCUACAAGGGCAAAGCUGCACUUUCUGCUUCACCAAGACUCCCAACAUUUGCAAAGUUGGAAUCAGGUGGUGUUAAGGUUGAUCGUAAAGGCACCAUUAUGUUAACAUUUUGGCCUGCGAUUGGCGAGCGUAAGUAUGAUUGGGAAAAGAAGCAGCUUUUUGCUUUAUCUGCAACAGAGGUUGGAUCAUUGAUAAAUUUGGGUCCUCAAGAUUCUUGUGAAUUCUUUCAUGAUCCUGCAAUGUUAUCAAGCAAUGCUGGUCAAGUUAGAAAGAGCUUAUCAAUCAGGCCUCAUACUGAUGGUAGCGGCUAUUUUUUUUCGCUGAGCGUUGUGAACAAUAUCUUGAAAACGAAUGAGCGAAUGGUUGUUCCUGUAUCAUCUGCUGAAUUUGCAGUCAUGAGAACAGCUUUCAGUUUUGCUUUGCCGCGCAUAAUGGGAUGGGAUCAGUACAAUAACCAGCAAGUUGGUGGAAUCACAAACUCCAACUCAUCAAAAGUGCUCCCGCACCUGAUCGAUUCUGAAUGGGAAAGAUGAAGUCUCUGUGCACAGUAGUUAUGUAUUAGCUAGCAACUCUUUUGUGUCUCUGUAUUAGUUAUCUAUACCCUAUUUAGCCAAACAUAAAAAUAUCGUUUUGAGUGUGGCAGUUGUUUCAUGAUACUCGCAAAGAUGAUUCGCUUUUGUGGUCUGGGAAAUGUUAAAAUGUGUUUUCUCCCAGAUUGGUAUUCCAUCAAGAUGCAUGUUCAGAAGGGAUUGUACUUCUGCUUAUCCUUGAUCAUAUCUCCCCCUUUUCUUAACAUUGCAAACUAGACUUCAGAUAUUAGUUGCAUAAUGACACUGGACAAUGAUACUUCAUAAAGACACAAGUUAUUUUGCGCACACAUUAAAUAAAAUCUAAUAUUAUGACCAAGGAUGGUAAAAUUUUGAUGGAAUAAAAGAUGCUAUUGACAUCCAACUACGCGUAUAAACAGGGAACUCAAGCUUGAAUGCUGACGCCUCAAAAGCCUCAAUCUACUUUGAACUGAAGAACUGUCUAAUCUGCAUAAAGCUUGGCAGAAGGGAUGGGAGUAUUUCAGAUUUUCACAAGCCAGACAGAACCACCACACUGAGGCAGAAGGAAAAGUAUUUCAAUUUUCAAGAGCCAGACUGCAGACCAUGCAAUUCAAUCAUACACAACUCACGAAUAUAGUUUCAUCAAAUACGUAAAAACUAUAUAGCUGAGUGCCCUCUCAUCUACAACAGCAUUUGUGGAUGAUCUCUAUGUACAGGGGGGGGACAGCAUGGGUUGUGUCACCACUUACUCAGCUCCCAUAAAACAUAAUUCUCAUGAUGGAUCAUAGACAAUUUGUACACAUUUAAACUCUGGCUUCUUUAAUCUGCUCGAGGAGGCGGCAGGUGAUGAAGAGGAGAAGCAAUCCUCGGAUUGAGAUGACACAAAACUGAUCAACUAAUGCACUUAAGGCCCCCACAUAUGCCUAACCAAAUUCCAAACAGCACAAGGCACACAAUGAUAUCAACUGCAAGAAUGAUCCUCACCUGUCGACACCAUCUCUUUUGGAUAAGUUGAGAGCUUGAAGACCUGAACCGGGCUGAGCCAAAAUCCUUCUGUAAUGGAGAAACUGAAGAAGAGCUUUGGCUGUUAGAAUCAAAAGCUCCCAAGUGUGAAACCCCCCUAGCUCCUCCUCCCCUAUCGGCAGAUUUUCGAUGGUUCUCUUCCAACUCAAUGUCACGGAUCCCAAUUAUAUGCUCCUUCAUUUUCUUCUUCUCUUGUUUGCUAGGCUUGCCUAACAAUGGUGCUUUUGACAAAGGAACACCAUCAACUUGGCCAUUCCCAACAAUGUCAUUAGGUGAAGGAGAGAGCUCAACACUAGAAUACGGGGCAGGAACUUGUUCUGGCCUUUCACUACCGCCAUCACCACCACCAAUUCUGGACAUGCUCUCGAACGAGGAAAUCAGACAAUGGAUAACCGGAACCAGUUGGUCUUGUAUGGAAAAGGAGGAAUUCACAUUUGCCUCACCAUUAUGACUCUUACUUGAACCCUUCUUAGUCACCUUCCUAAAUUCUUUCCCCAGAUGUUCCAAAAACCUUAGAACUCCUUUAUUCCCAAUAACCUCGUCAGCAAUCACAAAAUAUACAUAACCAUCUUCUUCUGCAUCCAUCAGAAACCCGAAUGUCUUUCUGCCCAUUGUCUGAAGAUACCAUCUAUGAUAAGGAGGGGUUUUCUCCAAGCACAAUGCCGCCAGAUUCUCAAUUUCAGGGUCUCCACCGUUGUAAGCAUACACAACCCCACCCCCCUUCUUCCAUAUACAACAAUAAUAAACAGAUCCCAUCUUGGUAAUGAAUACCCUCAAAGUAGAAAAAAAUAUUGCUCAAUUCAUUUACGCAAUCAUCAAACUCGGCUCAGAUCAGCACUCUCAAGACUCAAGACUAGUUUCUCCAAGUGUCUAAUACUAUAUCCCAGCUGCUACAAUAUUUGGCACCAGUACAACAAAAAUAGGCAAGCAAAUCAGUUUUACAAAACUAAAAGUCUACCUUAUUUGGAAACGAAAAAAAAAAAAAAUCUAAUUCAAGUCUCCAAAUCACUAUAAGUACACAACAGCAAUUGGAGUUCAAAAAACCACAGAUGAGCGAAGGUUGAGUGACGAAUGGAAGUUUAUGUACACUCAAAACGAAACAAUUUCAUAUAUUUAGAUAGCAAUGAUUAGAGCUAAAAAAUCCCAGAAGAAGCAAAGUUCCAAUCUUUCCACUUACAACGACUAUGAAAUAUUAAAGGGGAAGUAUCAAUCUUUUACCUGUGGACUAGAUGAAUGGCAACACACACAUCCAAGAAGACUCUUGAGAGUUGAGACUGCAUUCGGGAUGUAGGGCAGGCGACAAGUCAACCACAGCAACAAUUUAAGCAAAUUAUGGUGCAUAAUCUGUUAAAGCUUUUUUUUUUUUUUUUAAUUAAAGCUCGGAUGGUGAAGAAAUUGACCGUGUUAACUAAAGGGAAGAUUUUGGUAGAGCCAUUUCAAUUUUGUUACACUGGGGGCGCUUUUGUUUUGGUUCAUUUUGACUACGCCUUUUAUGUAGGCAAAACAUUUCUGUUAGGCAACAAAGGUGGGGACCAAAAUGCUGUGUCUUGGUCCUUUGUUCCCAUUUUUUUUUUAGUUACACUUAAUUCACGAUUUCACAGAGUAGAUCAGGAUAUCAUUAGCAUUGAUAACUUCCGGAUGAAAAGGAUCUUUAAAAGAGGUAUUGAUUCUUUUUAGCAGGUUUCCAUUCCUCAUUUCAAAGAAUACCCCCAAAUACAAUAUUUUCCAUCCCUUUUUUUAGGGACAGCAAAUUAUGCAAUGUUGGCAUGUUGGAAAUGAAAUAAAGAACCAAAGUAUGUACCAUGGCAAAUGACUCUGAUUGAACUCUGAAUGAAAUCUUAAAUUUGGAACUUAAAAUUGUGAUUUCUUUGAGAUGUUUGGAUGUCUGAAAAAGAUAAAUGUCAUGACCCUCAACUCUACUCUUUCUUAGCAGCUUCAUCCCAAAACUUUGAGGAGGAGAUCCAACAUUCACGUCUAAAUGUGAAUAUAUAGGACAUACUCAGAUCGAAAACUCUGCAACCAUACGAAAUAUGCGCAUCAGCAUCAUCAGUGCCAUGGGUUGAGGAUUCUUUGAUCUACAGAGCAACAAUCAUCAUCGUGACGUUGUUGGCUGCUGUUUCUGUUAGGACUUCCGCCAGCAUCAUCAUCGUUAAGAUUGUCCUCUGAAGUUGCCCUAUUAUUAUCUAUUUGUUGGACAACUAGCACUAAUUCAGUAGUACUUGAUUCUGCUUCAUCUUUAGCAGAAGAGGGAGAAACAAGGGACUGGCGGCAGAGUGGGCAUGUUGCACGAGUAGACAACCAGUUGUCGAUACAUUCCACGUGAAAAGUAUGCCCACAACUAGGUAUUUGUUGGAGCUUUUCCUCAGCCUGAUAAUCCCCAAGGCAAACAGAACAUCUGCAACAAAAAGAGAAAAACACAACAUUAAGCUUGUUGUCAUAUCCGUUGUGAAUUAUGCUAACCAAAUGAACUGAAUGUAGCUUUUUUUUAGCCUGAGCUUCUAAUCAGGUCAUGUAUUAGGUAAUGAAAAUGCCAUGUCCGGUGAUGAGUCAAUAAUAGUUUCAGGAUUUUACUUAAAGAGUUCUCUUGGAAAGCCUUUCAUCAGGCACCUAUUCAUGAAUGUUAUGUUUGUAGAUGAUAAAUUCAAUAAAAGUUGAGUCCCAACUUUGGAAGCGUGUCAAACCAAGAUUGGAGAAUUCUCAAUGAUGAGGAUAAACAUAUCAAAACGGAAAACACAACCCCCCUUGUUAAUAAGAAUUUCAUCUUUAAAUGCAACUAACUGACUAAAGUUUCAAUAUAACUUAUACAAGCAAGCUAUCAAACUCUUUGAUUAACUGUAGUGUUUUUGCUUUCGUCCCUGACAUAUUGAAGUUAUUGGUUUACUAUAGUUGCAGUAGUCCCCAUCUUUCAUGGUGAUGAUAUAUUCCGUCUUCCUCUAAACACGGAUAAAACCAUCAUAAUCUCACUUGACAUCCUAAACCUUAUUACUCUCGCUUGAAAGCAUCUACUCAAGAAAGCUAGAACUCCUAAUCCCUCCUUAAAAGCACACAACUAAGCUAAAUCUUCUUUGCUUUAGAAACAGAUAAGUAUAGUACUCACAAUAUUUUCGGUUUACUAUGUAAGAACAUAAUCAAUAGGUUCAAUGCAGGCCCGCGCUCUCCAACAUAACCAAACCAAAUACUCAUAAUAAGCAAACGAAAGUGAACAGAUUCUCAAACAAAAUAACAGAAGGAACUCCUCAAAUCCAACAAACUAACGUCAGAAAAACAUCAACUUUUAAAGGUUCUUGUAUCUGCAAUCAUCAGUAAGAAAAAAGGGAUUAUUUGAACUUCUCCAUAGGCUAAAUUCACCAGGCCACAUUCAAAAAGUUUAAAACACAUAAAUCAAAAAACGGCCAGCAUGUGGAGAGGCCAUAUCAGGAGAUAAAUCAGCCAGAUUAAUAAGGUAAUGGUAAUUUCCUGAGAAAAAUAUGAAAUGCAUCACUUACUGUGUAUCAUUGACAGAAAAGCU